AUGGUGACGCGACAAGAAGCAAAUGCUACUUCGUAUGACUUCAUCAUUGCCGGCAGUGGACCGGCUGGCCUUACCGUGGCGGACAGAUUGACUGAAGAUCCUGCGUUCACUGUGCUGGUAAUUGAAUCAGGGCCUUUAGACCAGGGUGAAGACAAUGUCUUGAUCCCCGGCGAUUAUCCACCUUAUCAAUACUUCUGGCUCGGUUUAGACAGCGAGCCCCAGAUUGGUCUUAGGGAUUAUGAUGCUUGGGAAACGCUUGGAAACAUAGGAUGGAGUUGGGAUGAUAUGCUGACGUACUUGAAGAAGAGCGAGAACUUCACAGCUCCAGCGUCAGCAUAUGCAGCAGAAGCCAAUAUUUCGUACACUGAUGAUGUCCAUGGCCACUCUGGCCCAGUUCAGGGAAGUUUCCCGCCGUAUUUCUUUCCCGGCAGUGGAAACUGGUGGACCGCUGCAGUAGACUCGGGCAUCUCCGUGGCAUCUGACCCAAACGGUGGCAACCAUUUUGGAGUGUUCGCGAUGCCCUCAUUCCUGGACCCUCAUACAAUGACAAGGAGCUAUGCCCGGAUUAACCACUAUGAAAGGAUCAAAGAUUCGCGGUCAAACUAUCACAUUCUAGCCGACCACACAGUUAAGAGAGUCCUCUUCAAUGAGAACCGAGCAUUUGGGGUUGAGUACCUCCCGACCACUGGUGGCACUGUGUCCCAAAUCAACGCCACUAAAGAAGUACUGCUGGCCGCAGGCGGCAUCCACACGCCCCAGAUUCUCCAACUCUCGGGUAUAGGCCCCGAGGCACUACUCGACUCCCUCGAAAUCCCAGUCGUUAUCGAUCUACCUGGUGUAGGACAAAAUUUUCAAGAUCACGCUACCUUGACCGUUUCGUACAGCUUCUCGAAUAACGUUGUGCCAAACCAAGAGACGUUGGAUACGAAUGCCACGUAUCGGGCGGAGCAACUUCAACUGUACGAGCAGUAUCAGGAGGGCGCAUUUACGAUUGUGCAUCCAUUGGGCACCAAUAUUGCGUCUCUUCCACUGUGCAACGCGACGGAGGAUUGCCAGACGAUUGCUGCUGCGGCGAGGGCACAGGAUCCAGCACAGUAUUUACCGCCUAGUACAGAUCCGACGGUAUUAGCUGGGUACGAAGCUCAACAUGCCCUAAUCCUCGAACAACUCGAGGGUGAUUCCUUGCCCAUCGGCCAAAUACACUGGGGCACGAGCACCGCAGCAACACUGUACUUCGUGAAGCCGUUAAGUCGAGGGACCAUUAGCAUCAACACCACCGAUCCCUUGUCGAACCCCGUAAUCGACUGGCGGUCCAUGACCAAUCCCACAGAUUUGGACCUAAUCCUCGCAUUGUUCCGCAAGAACCGCGAUGUGCUGUCGCAGCCUUCGAUGCACUUGUUGGGUCCAGUGGAAAUUGCCCCCUUUGGUGAGCAUUUGCAAACUGAUGACGAGCUCAAAGCUGUGUUACGGGACCAGAUCAACCCUUCUAAUGCGCAUCAAUGCUGUACUGCGCAGAUGGCAGCGAGGGAGUUGGGCGGUGUCCUAGAUGAAGAGCUGAAGGUCUAUGGUGUUCAGGGGUUACGGGUGAUUGAUAUCAGUUCCUGGCCGAUGAUUAUUUCGGCUGCGCCGACGGCGACUAUGUACGGAACGGGCGAGAAAAUUGCGGAUAUCAUCAAGAAGCAGUACCGCCUUAUCUGA